CCGAGGUAGGUAUCAAAAUGAUGCUGAUGCCCAAUUCAAUAUAUCCAUGGAUGGCAAGGGCAAGAGCGUGGGAAGAGGGCACUACUGUCGCCAUCGAAGUCGCCGAUGCGAAUGACCAAUCUGGAGUGCAUGACAAGUUCAGACCCACACACAUAUGAGAACAGGCGGGCUGCAGCCAAGUCGGUGGAGGGGCGGCCAUCGGCGCCAUUUUGGUGAUUGGUCUUAUUGCAAGCGGUGGAAUCCAAUUGAGGAGCACGUAGAACCAACAACCAUAACUGGCCGAUGUCUUCUAGUGGAUCGCAUCGAUCCUAGGGCGGGCGCGACGUCAGGGUGCAUCGGCAGCUCCAACCAUGACAACAUCGUCCACGUGCGAUGCAAUUAUCUCAACUAUAUCUACAGCUACUGGAAGGGAAACAAAGUCAACGACGAUCAUCGAGAUGCUGCAUCAUUCAGUGGUUAUAGACAGCGAUAUGUAUUGAACGUAAGAACAGAUGCACAUCUCGAAAAGGGUUUCGUCUGGCAUUUGGUCGAUAUCAGAAACGUGGAUCUUGGAUCCUACCGGAGGGUUUACUGUUAUCAUCGUCGCUAUUAUUAUUUCAGACGAUAUCUGCGUCUGAGCUCAAGCUGCCCGCCGCGGCUCGCCAAUGCGCGCAGGACCACCAUCCUGCAAUCUCUCAUCACCUGCAUCGUUGCAUCCUCGUACACACAGUCACAUAGCGCAUUGUCUUAUGCUUCUGCCCUGCUCAUCGCGGCCUCAAUACUGAUUCCUUGCUCACCCACUUCUCUCUCGUACAUUCUUCGUUCUGAGUAUCCAGCGGCAUCCAACAUCCUAGCACCUUCGACUUCCCAUCGACUCCCUAAAGGCCGUCCCCAUCAUCCCUCUUACGACAGUAUUUCACGGCAUUCUCGCGCAGCGCGCCCCAAUCAUCCGGUCGAGCGGGACACAGCCAUUUUUGCGAAUGCAUCGUCGCCACGAAUAGUAAUUAUCUGUGCAGCGACACGCCUGCAUAGUCUGUCUUCUGCUUUCCAAUCGAUUGGACAAUGGCAGCACAUGAGGAUGUUUAUUGCACUGUAACUCGUCUUGAACGAUGGCUAUCUUCCAGGUGCCGCGGUCCUCGCGCAUUCCUUGCGUGAUGCUGGCUCAACCAAGAAGCUUGCAUGCAUGAUCGUUCAGAAUAAUCUCCGCGCGAGCAGCGUCGAAGAG